ACUGCAGUUGCAUUUCCGCCGAAAUCUUCCAUGAUUACCCGGUUCAGUGACGGAGAAUAGGUGAGGUUGCCAUCUGUUUUUUCGGGAAACAUCAGCGAAAUGUAGCAGAUUGUGGAUGCAAAGAGUUCAAAUUUGUCCCUGUGACGAAAAACGAGACAGAUGUGUAUCAACAUCGAUAGGCCCUACCAUAGACCGUAUGAUCAGGGACAGUGGAAUGUAUCUACAGACUUCUCCAGGCUGUAGAUGACAGAGAGGAUGACUGCGAGCACAGCCAACUACCUGUGGUCUUUGGGAGAUGUGCUUGGUCAGGGGGCCACAGCCAGUGUCUACAAGGCCCGCAACAAGAGGACAGGGGAGCAGGUUGCGGUGAAGGUGUUUAACCAUUUGAGCUACAGCCGUCCGUACGAGGUUCAGAUGAGAGAGUUUGAAAUGCUCAGGAGACUCGACCACAACAACAUCGUCAAGCUCUUCUCUGUGGAGGAGCUGAGCAAUAAACAAAAGGUGUUGGUGAUGGAGUAUUGUUCAGGAGGCAGUCUGCUCAGUCUGCUGGAAGAGCCAGAGAACACCUUCGGUCUGCAUGAGACAGAGUUCCUCAUAGUACUACAGUGUGUGGUGCAAGGGAUGAACCAUCUGCGUGAGAAGGGGGUGGUGCACCGGGACAUUAAGCCUGGGAACAUCAUGCGUCAGGUGGGAGAGGACGGGAGGUCCGUCUAUAAGCUAACAGACUUCGGAGCGGCCAGAGAACUACACAAUGAAGAGAAGUUUGUCUCCAUCUACGGAACAGAGGAAUACCUGCACCCAGACAUGUAUGAGCGUGCAGUACUGCGUAGGCCCCAGCACAAGGCCUAUGGUGUGAGUGUUGACCUGUGGAGUAUUGGAGUGACGUUUUACCACGCUGCCGCCGGUUCUUUACCCUUCACACCCUACGGAGGACCCCGCAGGAACAAACCCACCAUGUUUAAGAUCACCAAAGAGAAGCCAGUAGGGGCCAUUGCUGGAGUUCAGAAGGUCAACGACGGACUUAUAGAGUGGAGCUACCAGCUACCAAACAGCUGCCUGCUCUCAAAGGGUCUGAGGUGUCAGCUAGUCCCAGUGUUAGCUGGGAUACUGGAGGCAGACCAGGAGAAGUGUUGGACAUUCGACCAGUUCUUUUCUGCCACCACAGAGAUACUACAGAGAGUCUCGGUCUAUCUGUUCUCCCUGCAACAGGCCACAGCUCACCGCUUCUACAUUCCCCACUACAACACGGCGGCCAUCUUCUGUGAGGAAGUAGCGUCUCAGACAGGGGUGGGGCUGGAGCAACAGCACUUCCUGUUCCUGGGACAUGACCUUACCCUGAAGGGCUCUAUGAAGGUGGUCAACUUCCCCUCCACCUCGCCCUCCCAGCCGCUACUUCUGCUUAGUCGCACUCCAGAGACACACGCUGGCCUCCCCUUUAGAGAACCUGAGAUGCCCAACAUCCCAUCCCGGUUUGACAUUAUGGCAGACUAUUCUUUCUCCAAGUUGAUAGUAGGAGUGGUCUAUCAGUACCUGAGGAUAGUGCGUUCCUUACACACACACAGAGAACUGUUCCUACAUGGAUACUACAGCUACAUGGAGAAGGUGGGUAGGGAGUGUGGUGACUCGCUGCUGACUAUCAGCAUGGUCAACAUGAGACUGCACUCCUGCCUCAGUUCUGAGCACAGACUACACACCCUAAGAGAGUUCCCCCUGCAAGCCCCAGACUCCACUGACGACAGCAAGAAGCUGCGACUGAUCAGGGAGAACCUGCCAGUGUACGCCGGAGCGAUCCGGGAAUUCCAGACCCGUCUAGAACACAUGCAUGUAGAACUGGCCAAACACUCUGAGAAUCUGGCUGAGGACAACAGCAUCCAGAAGAUGGAGUUCCUCCUGGAGAAGAUCAUGGCCAUCCACCAACAGUACCGCAAGGACCGACUGACUGGAAAGCUUGCCUACAAUGAUGAGCAGAUACACAAGUUUGAGAAGAUCCACCUGUCGUCCCAUAUAAAGCGUGUGAAGGUUCUGUUUAGAGAGGAAUGUCUACAGAAAUAUCGAGACCUGCUGGACUCUGCAUCGACCUGGAGCAGUGUUCUCCGUGAGAUGCAAUGCAGGCUGUCAGACUUUGGCAAUUUCUCCCAAGGGCUGAUGGGGGACCUGGAGAUGUGUGAGGAGCGCCAGAACAAGUGCCUGGACAGAGUCCUGCUCAGAGUCCAGCCAGGACAGACAGGCCCAGGGGGUCAGGAGGCCACACCCAGGGACAAGGACCACAUGGUCCUCAGGAUGCAACAGCUAAAGGAGGAGAUGGAGAUAGUGGUGAGAGAGUUGCAAUCCAACAACAACAUCAUUGAGAGUCUGGGAGCUGUAACCUCUGCAACUAUGCUGGAGCCUGAUCUACCCAGACCCAUCGGACUGUGACCAGACAACCACACACACACACACUCAGACAGACAGAUUAACAGUCAGACAGACGGACGGACGGACGGACGAACAGACAGAUGAACAGACAGAUGAACAGACAGAUGAACAGACAGAUAGACAG